CCGCGAUUUUUUACGUGGUUAUUUGAAUAUCACAUUGGGUCGGCCGGUCAAGGAAUUGUGGAUACAUGGUGUAUUUUUCUUCAAAUAUAAUCAAUACCAAAAAUUCCCCAUCGACCUGAAUGAGAACUUAUGCGGAUGGUUAAGCGGCAAAUCGAAGUCAUACUUAUUGGACUGGAGUCUCAAAGAUUUAAUGGCACACACCAAUUUGAAUCAUCCAUGCCCAUAUGUUGGCGACGCCUAUGUCAAAGUUGACAAUUUUUCGAUUAAAGAACUUUUGAAAUUCGAUAUGCUUUUGCCAGCUGGCAGAUUUCGCGUUGAUAUCAACUUUACCGAAGGACACAACAAACCGACUUUGCUGGGAACGCGAACAUUUUUUUCAAUUUCUGAUAAUCGCAUUGAACAAUUUUAA